AUGUCGACACAGACGGAUGAGCUUCACAAAAAAAAUAAAAUAAAUAGCAUAGUAAAGUCGCUGCCAUCAAAUCAUGCUGUGACAAUAACUAGAUCCAUCAGACUUUUGGCAUUUCUAUGCCAGCUCUUUUUUUUAGUUUAUGAAUUUACUAUUCCAUUUACUAUACGAGAGACACACAAACACCAACAGCUGAAAGCGAAACGUAAAGCAACAGCAGAGAUCAUUGGCGAUCACUGA